AUGGCUUACCCCAACGAACCUAUUGCUGUCAUCGGUAGUGGCUGCCGCUUCCCCGGUGGUUCCUCCUCGCCAUCGAAACUCUGGGACUUGAUGAAAUCGCCGCGGGACGUCGCUAGCAAGAUCGACCGUUUCAGUGCCGAGGGUUUCUACCACAAGGAUGGCAGCCACCAUGGCACUAGCAACGUGCUGCACUCUUACCAAAUUGAGGAGGACACCCGCGAAUUCGAUGCCCAGUUCUUCUCCAUCCCUGGUUCCGAGGCCGAGGGCAUCGACCCGCAACAACGAAUUCUGAUGGAGGUGGUCUAUGAGGCUCUGGAAGCCUCGGGCCACAAGAUCGAAGAGCUGUCUGGCUCCGCAACCGGCAUGUACGUCGGUGUGAUGUGUAACGACUAUGCGCAUAUUACCUACCACGAUCUCGAAUCUAUCCCCAAGUACGCCGCGACGGGAACUGCUUCGUCCAUUCUUUCUAACCGAAUCUCUUACUUCUUCAACUGGAAUGGUCCCUCCAUGACCAUUGACACCGCUUGCUCCUCCAGCCUUAUCGCGACACACCAAGCAGUGGAGCUGCUUAGAAAGGGUGAAUCUAACCUGGCUGUCGCUGCUGGAGCUAAUUUAAUUUUUGGACCCACCAACUUUGUGGCCGAGAGCAAUGUUAACAUGCUUUCCCCCACUGGCCGCAGCCGCAUGUGGGACAACAAGGCUGAUGGAUACGCGCGUGGUGAAGGUGUCGCCGCCGUCAUUCUGAAGCGUCUGAGUGACGCCAUUCGGGACGGCGACACCAUUGACUGUGUUAUUCGCGAGACCGGUGUGAACCAGGAUGGCCGGACCACUGGUAUCACUAUGCCCAGCAGCGUCGCCCAGGCCGAGCUGAUCCGUCAGACAUACGCCCGGGCUGGUCUCAACCCUCACACUGACCGCUGCCAGUACUUCGAGGCCCAUGGUACAGGUACCAAGGCUGGUGAUCCUCAGGAGGCUGGUGCGAUCUACCGCGCUUUCUUUGAAGGCAACGAAAACACCGACUCUGACGACAAGCUGUACGUUGGAUCCAUUAAGACCAUCAUUGGACACACUGAGGGAACUGCUGGUAUUGCGGGCUUGCUUCGAGCCUCGCUCGCUAUGAAGCAUGGCUUCAUUCCUCCCAACAUGCUUUUCGAGGAACUCAACCCUGAUAUUGAGCCUUACUACGGCCGUCUUGAAAUUCUCAAGGCUGCUAAGCCCUGGCCCAAGCUCCCUGCUGGUGUUCCUCGUCGUGCCAGUGUCAACAGCUUUGGAUUCGGUGGUGCUAAUGCCCACGCCAUUAUCGAGUCUUACGAACCCGAGAUUCACAUCCAAGCUGUCACUCGCAGCUCUAUCGCGGCAGUACCUUUCAUGUUCUCGGCCAACUCGGAGAAGUCCUUGGUCAGCCAGAUUGAGACCUUCCUGUCUUACUCCGAGGACAUUGAUGAGGAGAGCAUCAACAUUCGCGAUCUUGCCUGGACUCUUUCGCGCCGAUCUGCCUUCCCCAUGCGCGCGCCCUUCUCGGCUCUCACCCUGGAGACCUUGCGCAGCAAGCUGACUGCCGCCCUCGAAGCCAAGAAGAGCGACGGAACCGCUCUUGGUGUGCGUCCUGCUCAUAAGACCAACACCAUCCUGGGUGUCUUCACCGGUCAGGGUGCCCAGUGGCCCCGUAUGGGUUACCACCUUGUCGAGGCUUCUCCAUUCGCCGCCUCCCUGAUGAACUCUCUGGAUGCCUCUCUUCAGUCCCUCCCUGAGCAGGAUCGUCCCAGCUGGUCUCUGCGGGAUGAGCUUGCCAAGUCUGCCGAUGGCUCCCAUGUCAUGGAGGGAACUUAUUCCCAGCCCCUGUGUGCCGCCGUGCAGAUCAUCCUCGUUGAGCUGCUCAAGCAGGCCGGCAUCACAUUCGAUGUUGUUGUCGGUCACUCCAGUGGAGAGAUUGGUGCUGCCUUUGCCGCCGGCUUCUUGAGUGCCCAGGAUGCCAUCCGCAUUGCCUACUACCGUGGUCUCUUCGGUAAGCUCGCUGCUGCCCCCAACGGAUCGGCCGGUACGAUGUUGGCUGUUGGUACGUCCAUGGAGGAUGCCAAUGAGCUUUGCAAGCUCUCGACAAUGAAACGAUUCGGACAGUUCAACGUGGCCGCUAGCAACUCUUCAUCCAGUGUUACCAUGUCCGGUGAUCUUGCCGCCAUCGAACGGGCCAAGUUCAUCUUUGAGGACGAGAGCAAGUUUGUUCGCUCGCUCAAGGUCGACACCGCCUACCACUCUCACCACAUGCAGCCCUGCUCUGACCCAUACAUGGACGCCAUGGCCCGCGUCAAGGUCGCCAUCCAGGAGCCCAACCCCAACUGCAAGUGGUACUCCUCGGUACUUGGCGGUGACCUGGUCACCAGUGACAUGAACGAGCAGCUCGCCGGCUCCUACUGGAAGGACAACCUGUUGCAGCCUGUUCUGUUCUCUCAGGCUCUUGAGAGCGCCCUGGAGAAGAACGGUGCGCCCGCUCUGGCCCUUGAGGUUGGCCCUCACCCUGCCUUGAAGGGUCCGGCCAGUAUGGUGAUUGAAGAGGCCUUGGGUACUACCAUUCCCUACUCUGGCGUGCUCGGCCGCAAGUCAAACGAUGUCGAGGCCUUCACUGACGCCAUCGGAGCUGUCUGGGCUAAUGUAGGUGGCGCUAACGUGUCCUUCGGAUCCCUCGACGCCGCUUUUGCAACCAAGGAAUCUGCCGAUAAGCCUGAAUUCUUGCGCACCAUGCCAGGCUACACCUGGGAUCACAGCCAGACCUUCUGGGCCGAGUCCCGUGUCUCGAAGGCGAUGCGUAUGCGCCAGCACGGUCACCACGAGCUGUUGGGUGUUCGCAUGGACAGCGGCGAAAACGAGUUGCGCUGGCGCAACUUCCUUAAGCCAACUGAAAUCACUUGGGCCCGUGGUCACUCUAUCCAGGGACAGACCAUCUUCCCCGGUGCUGGCUUUGCCUCCAUGGCCAUUGAGGCAGCUAAGGCGUACGUGGAUGAUCUCGGUGAGACCAUGGACCUUGUGGAGCUUGAGAAUCUGCGAAUUCACUGGGCUUUGAGUUUCUUGGAUGAGACCAUCGGUUCCGAGGUUACUGUGACCAUUUGCAACAUCCAGCGGGAUGAGUCUGCUGAUAUGAUUGAGUGUGACUUCGUGUGCAGUGCUUGCCCUACCAAGGACGCAGCUUUAACCACCAUCUCUACUGCCCAUCUCAAGCUCACUCUUGGAUACGGCUCUGCUGAGACUCUCCCUUCGCGUCCUGCAGCAAAUGAGGCCGACAAGAUGACUGAGCUUGAUGCUGAUGUUUUCUAUGACUCUCUGGCCAAGCUGGGCUACAACUAUGCCGACAUGUUCAAGACUAUCACUAGCUUGAACCGCAGGAAGCUGGCUUCCACCGGUGUCAUCCACACCGCCACUGAGGAGGACUACGACACCAGCCUAAUUGUCCACCCGGCUCCUCUCGAUGUCGCUUUCCAGGGCCUGUUUGCCGCCAUUGGCUCUCCCGGUGACGGUCAGCUCUGGACUUUGAUGGUUCCCACCAUCAUUCACUCCAUCAAGGUCAAUCCCUUCACCUGCAACCAGACUGGCUGCCUCAACAGGAAUUUGUCUUUCGAAGCCAAUGUGCAGGUUGAACGUUCAAACCAGCAGGUUGGUGGUGACAUCGAUGUGUAUGAUGAUGCCGGCAACGCAAUGAUCCAGAUUGAAGGCUUGCAGGUCACUCCUGUCACUCAGAUCACUGCUCGUGAUGAUGCCCAGAAGUUCUCUGACACUACCUGGGGCGAUGACAAGGCCGAUGCAGCCCGCGCUUACACCGAGUUCUGGAACUCGGAGUCCGAGAAGACCCGCUGGGAGGAGUCCUACUUCGUUGAGCGCACCUGCUUCUACUACAUGAAGCAGCUGCACGAUGCCAUCAAGCCUGAAGAGAUCGAGGGUCUGGAGGUGCAGGCCAAGAAGUAUCUCACCUGGGUCGCUUCUGUGAUCGAGAAAGUGGAGGCUGGAUCGCACCCUACCAUCAAAAAGGAGUGGCUGAAUGACACUUUCGAGAAGCUCGAGGGUCCCAUGUCUGAGUUAGCCCAGGAGCACGAGGAAUUGCACCACCUGAUGACCCUUGGAGACCAGCUCAUUCCCUUCAUUCGUGGGGAGGUCUCUCUUGUGGAACUUUUCGAUGAUUUCGAAGUCAUUGACCGCAUCUACCAGACCGGAUACGGAAUGCCCCAGUUCCACAGCUUCUUUGGUGACUUGGUUGAGCAGCUCACCUUCAAGGCCCGUCAAAUGGAUAUCCUUGAGGUCGGUGCUGGCUCCGGAUCCGCCACUGAAGCCAUCAUGAGCCGCAUCGAUUACCACUAUGGCUCGUACACAUACACUGAUGUCUCUGCCUCCUUCUUCCCUGAGGCCCAGGAGCUCUUCAAGGACCAGGAUGGAAAGAUGGUCUUCCGCACCUUUGACAUGGAAGAGGACGCUGUUGAGCAGGGCUUCCAUGAGCGCAGCUAUGAUCUUAUUGUCGCCUCAAAUGUUCUCCACGUCUCCAAGAACGUCGAGGAGACAUUGAAGAAUCUGCGCAAGCUUCUUAAGCCAGCUGGUCACCUCGCCCUCCUUGAGGUCACUGACCUCGACCACGUCCGCUCAUCAUUCUACGCUGGCUCUAAGCCUGGCUGGUGGGCCGCUGAGGAUGGCCGUGAGCCCCAGCCCUUGCUCCCCCAGAGCGGUUGGGAUGCUGCUCUGAAGAAGACUGGCUUUUCUGGUAUUGACACCGCGACUCCCGAGACCCACAUGUUCACUGUCCCAUACAGUGUCAUGUUGAGUCAGGCCGUUGACUCUCAGAUUCAACUCCUGCGCGAGCCCCUCAGCCCCGAGAAUACUGAUUCCAUCAAGCUGCCUAAGCUUCUCGUUAUUGCUGGUCAAACCGAGGCCACGGCUAAGCUGCAGGGUGAGAUCCUCGCACUUCUCGAGCCCUUCAGCUCGGAAGUUCAGAUUGUUUCUCGCAUUGAGGACCUGACGGAAAGUCACUUCGAGCCUAAGCAGCUUGUCCUUAACUUGAUGGAGCUUGACACCAACCUGUUCGGACCCCUCACUGCUGAGCGCUGGAGCGCCCUUCAGACUCUGACUGAGAACUCGCAAAAUAUCCUCUGGUUGACUCACGGUGUUGGUGCUGAGAACCCUUACGCUAACAUGAUUGUUGGUGUAUCCCGUGCUUUGGUUCACGAGAAGCCCGACCUGAAGAUCCAGGUCAUUGACUUUGCUGAUGGUGAGCCCAUUGACACAAAACUUGUUGCCAGUGAACUCGUGAAGCUGCACAUUGCUGCUGUCUGGAGAACCUGGUCUCAGCCCUAUGUCACCACCUGGGUCUUGGAACGCGAGACUCGCUUCGUCGGUGGAAAAGCCAGGAUCCCCCGUGUUGGACCCUGCAAGCCUCUGGAUGCUCGCUACAACGCAUCCCGCCGCAAGAUUUACGAGGAGGUUGACCUUAAGAACUCUGUUGUCGCCAUUACCUCCAAGCAGGGUGUCUGCGAUGUGAAGGAGGUGCGCAAGCCAUUCUGGGCCGUUGCCGAGCCUGAACUUAUUGAGGUUGAGGCUGUUCGUUCGACCUUGGCACCUCUGGCAAUUCCCUCGCUCGGAUCUCUCCACCUGAUGGUUGGUAAGAUUGCUGGCACUGAGCAGACCGUUCUUGCCCUGUCCGAGACUCUGCAAUCUAAGGUCUCGCUCCCCAAAGACCUGACCCUCUCCGUGGAUGUCUCACUUGACCAGGCUCAGGAAUUGCUCGUCUCUGUUGCCAGCUACCUGCUUGGUGACUACCUCCUCUCCCACUCGGCUAAGGGCAAGUCUCUCAUGGUCCACGAGCCUACCCCCGCUCUGGCCGCCGCUCUGAAAGAUCUGGCUACUGAGCGCAACAUUCCCCUCAGUCUGACCACAUCUUCCCCGUCCGAUGAGCUGCAGUACAUUCACCCCCGUGCCCACCGACGCACUAUCGUGGGUGCAUUCCCCGCCAAGCUGUCUGCUUAUGCCAACUUCCCCAGUGCUCACGACUCUUCCAAGUCGGGCGAGCACAUCGAGAAGUACCUCCCCUCUCAUAUCAAGCGGGUGUCUGCCAACUCCUUCCUGGGUGAGCUGGCUUACCUGCAGCCGCAAUCCCAGCCUGAGGCUGCCCUCGAGCUGCUCCAGAAGGGACAGGCUUUCUUCGAGGCUCACUCUGAUCUCGACACCACCGAGCGAGUGCAGCAGGUCAGCUUGGAUGAGGCUCCCGGCUUCGAGCGCGAUCUGGCCAACGCCACUCUUGAGGUGGUCAACUUCGAUCAAUCGGUCGCCUUCGGUGCCCUUUGCCCUCCUGAGGAUGAUGUUCAGUUCCGCUCUGACAAGACCUACUGGCUUGCUGGUCUCACCGGAGAGCUUGGUCUUUCCCUUACUCGCUGGAUGGUUGAGCGUGGUGCUCGCUACAUUGUUCUGACUUCUCGCAACCCCAAGGUCAGCGAGAAGUGGAUCGAUUCGGUGCAGUCCACUGGCGCCAUUGUUAAGUGUCUCCCUAUGGACAUCACCAACGCUGAGUCGGUCAUGAAGACUUACGCUCACAUCACCUCGGAGUUCCCUCCUAUUGCUGGUGUCUGCAACGGUGCUAUGGUGCUGAACGAUGGUGUUCUUGCCAACCAGUCCUUCGAGGACUUCAACGCUACCUUGACUCCCAAGGUCAAGGGUACCCAGUUCCUCGACUCCCUCUUCCAGAAGCCCGACCUUGACUUCUUCAUCAUCUUCUCUUCGCUCUCCUUCGUGACUGGAAACAUUGGUCAGUCCAGCUACGCCGCUGCCAAUUCCUUCAUGGUCAGCGUCGCCGAGGGUCGUCGCAAGAAGGGUCUUGCCGGCUCCGUCAUGAACUUGGCCGGUAUCUUCGGUAUUGGAUACAUCACCCGCCGCGAUGUCAAGCUCCUGGACCAUCUUGCCAAGAUGGGUUACGAGAACAUCUCCGAGUGGGACUACCUCCAGUUCUUCGCCGAGGCCGUGAAGUCUGGUAAGCCCGAGACCAGUGCCCAGUACCCGACCUGGGAGAUCCACUCCGCCAUCAAGCCUGUCGACUCCGACGCUAAGAACCCCCCUCCCUGGUUGGAGGUUCCCCGAUUCUCCUGGUACCGCCGUGUUCGCGCCAGCGCCUCCCAGGAAGGUGAGGGUGGUGCAGCCUCCGUCCGCGACCAGCUCAAGGAGCAGACUACCAUGGAAGGUGUCAACAAGGCUCUUAUGGAGGGUUUCGUGGCUGUCCUCUACAAGCUUCUGGGUAUGCGCCCUGAGGAUGGUGCCAUCUCUCCCAGCACCCCUCUGAUCGAGCUGGGUAUCGAUUCCCUGGUUGCUGUUGACAUGCGAGUCUGGUUCUCGCGCGAGCUGGAUCUCGACCUGCCAGUCUUGAAGUUGCUUGGUGGUGCUACUGUUGAGGAUAUGGUUGAGGAUGCUAUCUCAAGACUUUCUCCUGAGUUGAUCCCCAAUGUCCAGGAAGCUCAGACUUCUACCGAAGGUGCUGAGGGUGAGGCCAAGGAGGAGAAUGCCGCGGAUUCGGAAUCCCAGAGCAGUGGUGAAGUUGCUACUUCCACGGAGACCACACCUCCAGCAAGUGAGGCUGACUUUAACGAUUCUAAGAACCAAUAG